CAAUAAGAAACCCCUCAGUUUCUUAUACUCCAAGUCUCAGACUUCAUAAAGCUUCAGCGCCUUUCAGUUCUCUCUAUUACUUGAAUUUUUCAUCCAUCUUUCGGGCGAUCUCUUCUCCUUCAUUUUCAGUUUUGUUUGUUGAAUUCCAAUAUAAGUAUGGCAGUCACAGAACUUCCUUCAAAAGGUGGGUUUAGUUUUGAUUUAUGUAGGAGGAAUGAUAUGCUUUCGAAGAAAGGCACUAAGCCUCCAUCUUAUCGCAAGACUGGGACAACAAUUGUUGGUCUAAUCUUUCAGGAUGGAGUCAUCCUUGGAGCAGACACCAGAGCAACUGCUGGGUUCAUUGUUUGUGAUAAAAAUUGUGAGAAGAUCCAUUAUAUGGCACCUAAUAUUUACUGUUGUGGAGCUGGAACUGCUGCUGAUACAGAGGCUGUAACAGACAUGGUUAGUUCGCAGCUGCAGCUGCAUCGAUAUCAUACUGCUCGUGAAUCAAGGGUUGUGACAGCUCUUACUCUUUUGAAGUCUUAUCUUUUCAAAUACCAAGGUCAUGUACAAGCUGCUUUGGUGCUCGGGGGAGUUGAUGUCACUGGGCCACAUCUACACAUUAUCUAUCCUCAUGGAUCUACAGACACACUUCCAUUUGCUACAAUGGGCUCUGGUUCACUUGCUGCAAUGGCUGUUUUUGAGUCAAAGUAUCGCGAAGGGCUGACUAAGGAAGAAGGAAUAAGUUUGGUGUCUGAGGCUAUCUGCUCUGGCAUAUUUAACGAUUUGGGAAGUGGAAGCAAUGUUGACAUUUGUGUGAUAACAAAGGGGCACAAAGAGUAUUUGAGAAACCAUCAGUUGCCCAAUCCUCGCUCCUAUGUCAGUUCAAAAGGAUAUUCUUUUCCUAAGAAGACUGAGGUUCUUUUGACAAAGAUUACACCAUUGAAAGAAAAGGUGGAGGUGAUUGAAGUAGGAGAUGCAAUGGAAGAAUAAGGUUGAACUGCAUUCUGUGACUGAUUUUGCUUUUGUUACACUUCCGGGUUGUUUAUGUUUUAUCAUGCAUUUUAAUUUAAGUGCAAGCCAGGGAGAAACAUUACAGAUUUCAAUUGUCAAACUGUGAUAAGAUGUUCGUUUUCAUGAUUUCAUAGUAUGCACGGAUUAAUUGAGCUAGUACAGCCGUUCUGUCUGUUAAUUUUGUGGUCAUGCAUUUUAAUGAUUGUAAAUGUAUAGACAUAAAAGGAAUUGACCUGGAAAUUACAUAUUAUUAUUCUUAUC